GCGGCUGCGGCGGCGGUGGCGGCUGCUGCUCGGGGCAUGGUCCCCGGUUCCGAGGGCCCGGCCCGUGCCGGGGGCCUGGUGGCCGACGUAGUGUUUGUGAUUGAAGGCACGGCAAACCUGGGGCCCUAUUUCGAGGGCCUCCGCAAGCACUACCUGCUCCCGGCCAUCGAGUAUUUUAAUGGUGGUCCUCCUGCGGAGACGGACUUUGGUGGAGACUAUGGGGGGACCCAGUACAGCCUUGUCGUAUUCAACACGGUGGACUGUGCUCCCGAGUCCUACGUACAAUGUCACGCUCCUACCAGCAGCGCCUAUGAGUUUGUCACCUGGCUCGAUGGCAUUAAGUUCAUGGGCGGCGGAGGUGAGAGCUGCAGCCUCAUUGCGGAAGGCCUCAGCACCGCCCUGCAGCUGUUUGACGACUUUAAGAAGAUGCGGGAGCAGAUUGGCCAGACACACCGCGUCUGCCUCCUCAUCUGCAACUCGCCGCCAUACCUGCUGCCCGCUGUGGAGAGCACCACGUACUCCGGUUACACGACUGAGAACCUCGUGCAGAAGAUUGGGGAGCGCGGCAUCCACUUCUCCAUCGUGUCGCCCAGGAAGCUGCCGGCCUUGCGGCUUCUGUUUGAGAAGGCGGCUCCCCCAGCCCUGCUGGAGCCGCUGCAACCACUGACAGACGUGAGCCAGGACCCCCGGCACAUGGUGCUGGUGCGGGGGCUCGUGCUGCCUGUCGGGGGUAGCUCAGCCCCAGGCCCCCUCCAGCCAAAGCAGCCUGUCCCACUGCCUCCAGCCCCCACAUCUGGUGCCGCACUCUCAGCAGCCCCCCAGCAGCCUCUGCCCCCUGUGCCUCAGCAGUACCAGGUCCCUGGGAACCUGAGUGCAGCUCAGGUGGCUGCCCAGAAUGCAGUGGAGGCCGCCAAGAGCCAGAAGGCUGGGCUGGGCCCACGCUUCUCGCCCAUCAAUCCUCUCCAGCAAGCUGCUCCAGGGGUGGGUCCCCCCUUCAGCCAGCCCACAGCCCCCCCGCUGCCCCCAGGGCCUCCUGGUGCCCCCAAGCCACCUCCUGUGUCCCAACCCAGCCUUGUCUCCAGUGUGGCUCCUGGCUCCGGCCUGGCCCCUCCUGCGCAGCCUGGGGCAUCGUCCAUGGCAGGCUCGGUGGCCCCAGGGGGCGUGAGCGGCCCCUCCCCUGCCCAGCUGGGGACCCCGGCGCUGGGGGGGCAGCAGUCGGUCUCCAACAAACUCCUAGCCUGGAGCGGGGUCCUCGAGUGGCAGGAGAAGCCAAAGCCUGCCUCUGUGGAUGCCAGCACCAAGCUGACGCGUUCCCUGCCCUGCCAGGUCUACGUGAACCACGGAGAGAACCUGAAGACGGAUCAGUGGCCGCAGAAGCUGAUCAUGCAGCUCAUCCCCCAGCAGCUGCUGACCACCCUCGGCCCUUUGUUCCGGAACUCGAGGAUGGUCCAGUUCUACUUCACCAACAAGGACCUGGAGUCCCUCAAAGGCCUCUACCGCAUCAUGGGCAACGGCUUCGCGGGCUGCGUGCACUUCCCUCACACAGCCCCCUGCGAGGUGCGCGUGCUCAUGCUCCUGUACUCGUCCAAGAAGAAGAUAUUCAUGGGCCUUAUCCCCUACGACCAGAGCGGCUUCGUCAAUGGCAUCCGGCAGGUCAUCACCAACCACAAGCAGGUCCAGCAGCAGAAGCUGGAGCAGCAGCGAGGGAUGGGGGGACAGCAGGCACCCCCAGGGCUGGGCCCCAUCCUGGAAGACCAGGCGAGGCCCACACAGAAUUUGCUCCAGCUCCGCCCACCGCAGCCCCAGCCGCCUGGUGCAGUUGGGGCCUCUGGUGCGGCAGGGCAGCCCCAGCCUCAAGGUGCUGCCCAAGCCCCUUCCGGAGCUCCCCAAGGCCCUCCUGGAGCAGGCACUGGCCCACCUCCACCUGGCCCAAUCCUUCGGCCACAGAACCCCGGGGCCAACCCCCAGCUGCGGAGCCUCCUCCUCAACCCCCCUCCGCCCCAGAGCGGGGUGCCCCCACCCCAGGCCUCCCUGCACCACCUCCAGCCUCCAGGGGCUCCUGCCCUGCUGCCCCCUCCACACCAGGGCCUGGGGCAGCCCCAGCUGGGGCCCCCGCUCUUGCACCCGCCGCCCACCCAGUCUUGGCCUGCUCAGCUGCCCCCUCGGGCUUCCCUGCCAGCGGCAAAACGAAAACGAGGAGAGGGCCGCGUGUUUCGAGAGAAAUGGGAACGAGCCUAUUUCUUUGUGGAGGUGAAGAGCAUGCCUACGUGUCUAAUAUGCAAAAAAAUCGUGUCUGUGUUGAAAGACUACAACCUGAGGCGUCACUAUAAAUCCAAGCACAGCAAGAGCUACGACCAGUACACGGAGCAGACGCGUGAUGCCAUCCUCAGUGAGCUGAAAAAGGGCCUUGAGUGUCAGUAGUGUUUGCUCUGGAGUGUGAAGAAGAGGUGUGAUGUGGCUGGCAGACAAAGAGACGGAAUCAUGUGGAAAGAAUCACCUCGGCCUUCAAACCUCCGGAUGGCAGGGUUUACACAGAAGCAGGACAACACGUCCCAAACAGAAACACACACCCGCUCUCUUACGUCUGAUGGGCAUUUUGCAUGGCGCGGCGAGUCAAAGAUGAAUCAGGUGAUUUAUAAGUCCACCUGCUUGGGAGUGCCCAAACAACUGUGGCCUUUCCUCUCACUGCUGCUCAUGAACUGUUACCACCCAGUUGGCUUUAUUUAUCGAUGGCCUUGCGAGUUUCAGUGUGAAUGAAGGACUCUGUGACCCCAUGGUGCCAAGGCAGGCCUAGCCCUGGGGAGUGACUUCUUUUCUAUGGACUGAGAGAAGUGCAGAGUUUCACUCAUGUAGGCCAGGCAGAAUUCUUAGGCACAACAGCAGACAGUUGUGGUUUUCCAGAGACCUGUGUCACUGUGGGACGUGUCAGGACACCUGGAUCCAAGGUGGCCACGUUAGGUGAGGAUGCAGAAGUCAGUCAUUGUGUCAUUUACCGGAAAUUGAAUCAUUCUGAGAAACUAAACGGAACAUCACGGUCAUCAUAGACACUGUACUCUCCUGCGCCUUCACCGCUGGCAGCUUGACAGUGAGCUCCACUUGAUACAUUUCACAGGAGCUCAUUGACUUGGUUGUCCCGUGAUGGUGUGAAAGAUACCAGAACUGUUUAAAUAAAUCUACUUGGUUCCUUUCAAAUAAGGAAAAAGCCACACCUUGGCUCCCCCGACAAGGUCAGUCGAGACUUCAGGGUGAGGUGAUACCUUCUUGAACACUGUUUCUCCACAAGGACAUCCCCAAACAGCUUUACUUGAAUGUAUGAUGGCAUUUGCCCUGUCCUGGUUGGAUAUGGGGAUGUCGUUGGCAAGAACAGUCUGGCUCCCUUCCCUUUGCCAAAAUUGGUGUCCAGAACAGAGGUGAUGGCCUGGACCACAUUGUGGGGGGUUGAAGACCGAAUCCCCCAAAAGGCUCUGCAUUGUGACUUGGUGAAAAUGAACCAACCCUGUCCAGUUACUAUUGACCAUGGGAAUGCAGACCCCAAAUUGGAGUUCUGGAGCUAUAGUGCAAUAGGGUGCGGGCCCCUAAAUGCGAUGAUGUCUGAAGACCAAUAUUCUGCAACUAUGCCAUGUAGUUGUCCGAAUACCCAGGCAUGGAAGUAGCCCAUGCUUGUAAACAGCUGGUUUCCGUUAAGACACAGAUUGGAAUCCAACAUGGCGCCCAGCUCAGGAGUUCAAGGUUGAGUUCUCAGCUGCUCAUGGCUCUGUGACAUCCAUGACCUGACCCUGAGAUCUUGGGGCCGAAGGGAAGAGGUCAGUCUCCUGGCUUCAAAUCAAAGGAGCAGAAAGCAUUGCGAAAGAGAAAAAUUUUACUAAUGAAAUACUUCUAUUUUUCAAUUUGUAUUUUUUCAAUUUUGACGUUAAAAUAUAACCCACCCCCACUCUCAUACAUGUUUGUAUUCUGUUCCAUGCAUUCACCACAGUUCAGUAAAGAUGCAAUUUGAUGAUA